AUGCAAGUAAAGAAAUAUGACAAACACGGUCGUCCUUACCUUGAAAUCUGUAAAGGAUACGAAAUACGAUUGGAUUACAGUGAAUUAUCAGAAAAAGAUAAAGAAAAAGCUCGAAUCGAAUUACGGGAAACGCCCGAAAAUGUCGAAAAAGGAUUAAAAGAAUUGCGCGAACUGCUCGAAAAUGACGAUACUUUGUUCGUGUGUCCCGAAAUUAAGGAAUAUUUGAUGAAAUUUCUUCGUCCUACGAAAUUUUAUGCAAAAAGUGCCUACAAACUCAUUCGCAGCUACUACGAGUUCAGAGAAAAAUAUCCGGAAUUUUCGAAAAAUGUUUUGCCAAAAACUGCAAAACUUCCAUUUGAGCAACAUUGUCUGAUUAUGAAUCCAAAACGAGAUCAGCAUCGACGUCGAAUUUUGAUCAGUAAAGUAGCUAAUUGGGAUCCAGCUGUUGUUUCCAUCAACGAACUUUUUCGUGCUGCACAGUUGGCAAUGGAAAUAGCUAUUUUAGAGCCCGUGACACAAGUUAAUGGAUACAUCAGCAUAAUAGACUUCAAAGGACUUACUUUGAGUCAAUGUUUGGUUGUUUCACCUUUUCACGCCAGAAUGUUCAUGCAGUGGUUUCAACAAGCUCAACCGUUGCGCUGCAAAGGGGUUCAUGUGGUAAACUAUCCAACGGUAUUUGCGGUACUUUAUGGUAUUUUCAGACCUUUUAUGGGUGCAAAAGUACGGAAAAGGAUGCAUUUUCACAGCGAUUAUAAAACUUUGUUGGAACAUGUCAAUGCGGAUUGUCUUCCGAAGUCCUAUGGAGGCACAAUGGAAUGUGAAGAACCUGAUGGAAAAUUGGUUGCGGAAAUUUUGGAAGAAUCCUCGGAUGAAUUUGAACUGGCAGCAUCAUUUGGCGUCGUCAAAGAUAAAAAUAAAGUGAAAGUUAAGUUGGUUCGAGUCUCGGACAAUAAUAGUUCGGGUGUCCCAAAAUAUGUUUUAGUUAAUAAAACUUGA